AUGGAGCUACAUUUACUCCUAGAAGCAGUGGGAUACAUUAUAUUGAUAGUGAUUGGAAUACCUGGGAAUCUAACAAUUUUGAUACUGUUUGCCCACAUAAGGAUCUCCACAAAGAAACUACUUCCUAUUGACCUCAUCCUCACAAACCUUGCUUUUGUUAAUGUGAUAACUAUACUUUCGGAGGCUAUCCCACAGUGUCUCACAGCCUUUGGAUUGCACAGACUGUUUAGUGAUGUUGAGUGCAUGAUUGUAAUAUUCAGUUUCUUUUCUACAAGAGGCAUGUCUAUUUGCAUUACCUCUUUACUUAGCUGUUAUCAAUUAAUUAUUAUUUUCCCUCAUUCUAGUAAAAUAACAAUUUUUAAAAAUAAUAUUCUCAAAAGAGUAUUUCAAAUUAUUUCACUUUUGUGGUGUUUCAACAUAUUCAUCUAUGUUUGGAUACUACCCUAUUCAUAUUCUGAUGCAGAGUCAUUUGAAUCAGAAAACAUAGUAGAUUUAGAAUACUGUGUUAUUAUUUUCCCAAACUAUUCGUAUUUCAUGACCAUUGGAGCAGUUCGUAUAUUCAGAGACUUUCUGUUUCUUAUUCUAAUGGUAAUAGCAAGCACAUUUAUUGUUCUUAUUCUGUACCGGCAUAACCGAAAUAUGAAACAUACAUUGAAUUCUUCACGAAUCCAAAGCGACUCCACUGAAGGCCGUGUUGCAAAAGGAGUAGUUACAAUGGUUGUGAUGUACAUUUUUUUCUAUGGCGUUGAUAAUAUAUUUUGGCUAUAUACCUUGUGCAUCUUGAAAGCAUCACCAGAAAUUUCAGAUAUGCGAACAUUUUUCACUACAUGUUACUCUGUUUUUAGCUCAGUUAUAAUUAUUCUUAUGAACAAAAAAAUUAAAAGGGCUCUAAAACUAGCUAUACCCUGUAUAAAAUCACAGUCGAGAGAAAACAUAGUUUCCCAUGUGCAGAUUUAA